AUGAAUUCUGGAAACGAUAACUGGCACUCCUCUGGUGGGCCACCGUCGCAUCCUGGCAUGGACCAGAUGAAUCAACAGCCUCGGCCCCUGGGGUCGUUCAGUCAGAACCCGUCUCAACAAGGUCCGGCGUCGCAACCCUCCGGCCCUGUUCUCCCUCCCCCAGCUGGUCCCUACCACCCCGGUCAGUCUGGCGGUCACUCUCUUCCUGGUCUGGCAGAACUCAGCCAGACCCACGGAGGUCCGCACCAGUCCCCAGCCUACGGACAGCACCCCGCCGGUCCUUCUCACGGUACCGGUCAUUCUCUCCCUGGAAUCGGCCAGGCCAUGCAACAUGCAUCCCCUCAGCUCAACCGUGAACGUGAGCGCGAGCGCGAUUCACGAGAGCGGGAGAUUAUCGAGCGCCAGCGCCAGGAAGAGAUGGCCCACCGUGAACAGCGCGAACGCGAACGUGAUCGCGAGCACCGUGAACAACUUGAACGGCAGCUAGAUCGCCGCGACCAAUCGCAUCACCCCGUCCAGAGCCACACUGGCUCGAUUCCUCUCCACCAGCCUGUGGCCAACAAAGUUCCCAACUCUAUCCAUGGCCCGGGAGGUCUCCUUUCGACUCUCGGUGGAACACCACAGGGUGGCCACCAGGGCGGACCCCAGUCUGCUGCUGGCUUGUUUGGUCCGCAAAUGCAGCACGGUGAAGGCACACCUCGGUCGUACAUGCAGCACCCUGGUGGGCCCCCAGGACAGCCUAUGAUGGGAUACAAUACUUCUGGACAGCAAAUACCUGGAAAUGUUGCAGCUCUUGCGCAGGGCCAGCAACCAAUCCUGAAUGACGCUCUCAGUUAUCUGGAUCAGGUGAAGGUUCGCUUCGUCGACCAGCCAGAUGUCUACAACCGUUUCUUGGACAUCAUGAAAGACUUUAAGAGUCAGGCUAUUGACACGCCAGGGGUGAUUCAGCGGGUUUCCACCUUGUUCAAUGGUCACCCUGCUCUUAUUCAAGGAUUCAACACUUUCUUGCCUCCGGGAUACCGUAUCGAGUGCGGUACCGAGGAUAACCCUGAUGCUAUUCGCGUGACCACUCCAUCCGGCACAAACACUCUCAGCAUGCCUCGCGCUGGACGUCCCUUUGAGACUACCACCAACCCCCGGCCUACCAGUGACGUGCAUGGUCAGUCUGACUUCUACCGUGACCAGUCACGUCCCGGUUGGCAGCAGACACAGCAAGAUCAGGGUGUCCCUGGGUCUUACUCUCCCGGCUCAAGAAUGAUGGGCCCGAGCAUGUAUCCGGAUGGACAGGGCCCAGCUCAGGACCAUCACUACGGCUACCCGACCCAGCAGGAGCAACAAGCUGCUUCAGUCAUGUCCCACCAGCAAGAUCACCGCGGUGUGGCUCAGCUUCAGGGCGCUGCUUCGGCAGCAUCUGCUGGUCUUGGUAGAUCUUCUCUCCUGGGAGUCUCAGCUGCUGGUCAGAACAACAGCCUGACUCAGCCCAUGAAUAGCCUGGCAGGUGUCGGAACUGGCAUGCUUCAGGGUGCUCAAGAUUUGAACAAGCGUGGCCCCGUUGAGUUCAACCAUGCUAUUAGCUAUGUCAACAAGAUAAAGAACCGCUUCUCCAGCGCACCUGAGAUCUAUAAGCAGUUCCUUGAAAUACUCCAGACAUAUCAGCGGGAGUCAAAGCCCAUUCAGGAUGUCUACGGACAGGUCACUCAGUUGUUCAACACUGCUCCUGAUCUCUUGGAGGACUUUAAGCAAUUCCUACCCGAAUCUGCCGCGCAUGCCAAACAAGUUGCGGCACAGCGCCAGGCCGAAGAGCAAGCUCCUCUCAGCAACCUUCGAGGUGAACCUGCUGGCUUUACCUCCCAGACUCCCAAUCGCGACGUGAAGAUGCCUCCUCUCGGUCAAUUCAAUGUCAAGGACCCCAAGGAGAACAAAAAGCGACGCGGUGGGCCAGGAGGUGGAGUGGGCUCUUCGAUCUCUGGACCUGCCGGUGCUGAAGCUGCUCGCAUGUCAGAGUCAGGCAGAGUUGGCCAAAAUGGGCAGUAUGGCAAUGUCAGCAAGAGAACGAAAUACCACCAUGGCAAACCCUCUAUUUCUGACAUGGCAAACGUCUCCCCCACCUUGAUUCCUGCUCUCCCCGAACCUAUUCCUCCUUCAGUGUCGAUGACCCCAAGCCAAGAAGAGAUCGCUUUCUUCGAUCGCGUGAAGAAGUUCAUCGCCAACAAAGUCGUCUUUAGUGACUUUUUGAAACUCUGCAACCUUUACACCACCGAUCUUCUUGACCGGCACGUCCUGGUAAAGAGGGCCGAGGGUUACAUUGGUUCUAAUGCUGAGCUCAUGAGUUGGUUCAGGCGUUUCAUGAGUGCUGAAGAGCCAGAGGACAAGACCAUCGACCCCAAGCCGAACACUGAAUCAGGCGUUGUCAACUUGGCUCACUGUCGGUCUCUGGGACCGAGUUACCGUCUGCUUCCCAAGCGUGAACGCCAAAAGCCCUGCUCUGGCCGUGACCCGCUUUGCAGUAGUGUUCUCAACGAUGAUUGGGCUUCGCAUCCUACUUGGGCAUCUGAGGAUUCCGGGUUCGUUGCUCACCGCAAGAACCAGUACGAAGAUGCAUUGCACCGCAUUGAAGAAGAUCGUCAUGACUACGAUCACCACAUCGAGGCCUGUGUGCGUACCAUCCAGUUGAUCGAGCCGAUAUGCCAGCAGUUCCUCCACAUGAAUGAGGCGGAACGGGCUUCGUUCAAGCUGCCUCUAGGUCUUGGUGGUCAAAGCGAGGCUAUCUACCAGCGGGUUAUCAAGAAGAUUUACGAUCGUCAGCGCGGUGAGAAAGUCAUCCAAGACAUGUUCCAACGUCCAUGCCACGUUCUUCCCAUUGUCCUGUACCGCCUGAAGCAGAAACUUGAGGAGUGGAAGGCUUGCCAGCGUGAGUGGGACAAGGUAUGGCGUGAGCAGAUGCAGCGUGCAUACUGGCGCAGCCUUGAUCACCAGGCUAUUGCCACCAAGCAGACUGACAAGAAGCUCUUUGUUGCCAAGAACAUCCAGCAAGAUCUGCAAACCAAGUUUGAAGAUGCUCAGUCCCUUCGUAAGAGCGGAUGGACUCCUCCCAAGUACCAGGCUGAGUUCAAGUUCGAAGACACGGAGGUUCUCUUGGACACUGUUUUCCUGCUGCUUUUGUACUUUGACCGCAGUACCAAUGGCUUUGGUGCUGAGCCUCAACGACUCAUCAACUUUGUCAAGGACUUCAUUCCUAUCUUCUUCGGUCUUGACCGUGAGACAUUCCACCAGUACAUUGAUGAAAUCUCCAUCGCUAUCGUUGAUGACGAGGACUAUGCCAAUGAUGAUGUUUCAAAUGGCAGCCGCAAGGUGGUGAACACGCAGAAGCUGGAUCUACUGCGUGAGGCUCUUGACCGCGGAACUGAGAAGCCAAACAAGGAAGAUGGUAUAAACAACCACGAUGAAACCCCUGUCGUUCGCGCUACCUCUACUGUUUCUGAGAAUGAGGAGAGCUUUGAUGUCGCUGAGCUCAGAUGGAUGGAGCAUCCCGGCCAGGGCAACUUCAACCUCGAGCGUGAAUACACCUUGAACGAGAAGCACAAGAAGAAGGAGCACCACAUGUACUCUAAUCUCAACAUUCUCUGCUUCCUGCGUACCUUUGAGAUCCUCUAUUCGCGUCUUCAGCGCAUCAAGCAGCAGGAGCCCGAGGCCCGUGAGCAAGUCCGACGUGGUCUUGUGCCUAAGCCUGCCCACGAUCUGUGCCUCAUGGACCGAUUCCCCAGCGAUUUCUUCUACGACGUCGAUCCCAAGGCCAACCUUUACAAGCAAAUUGUGCGCAUGUGCGAGGAGGUCAUCAAGGGUGACAUUGACCAGAUUCACCUGGAGGAGACUCUUCGUCGCUUCUACAUGCAGAGCGGAUUCCUGCUCUACAACCUGGAGCGCAUCUUCUCUUCCAUCGCCAAGUUCGUGGCGUCCAUCUUCACCGGCGAUUCUCGGGACCGCAGCUCAGACAUUGCCAACCUGUUCUUCAAGGAACGCGAGAAGGAAGAGACAACCCAUCACCAAGAAAUCCAGUACCGCAAGCAAGUUGAGCGCCUGGUCAAGGAUGGCGAUAUUUACCGCAUUACCUUCCACCCCACCGACCGCCGCGUGACAAUCCAAGUAAUGACCAGCGAAGAAGCAACCCUGGACAACGAAGACCUCACCGCCGAAGAACGCUGGUCCUACUACGUAACCGCCUACUCAAUGCGCGACCCAACAGAAGGCGUCCAAUUCUCCAAAAUGCGUAUGCCCUUCAUGAAGCGCAACCUCCCCGCAAAAUUGGAAGAAGACGAAGAGUACGACCGCUACUACCGAAACCUCCAGCACCACGACGGCCUAAUCAUCCGCAUCUGCGCAAACAACUACACAAUGCUGUACCAGCCCCCAAGCUACGAUUGGUUCUGGCGCUCCAAUGCCCCCAUCCCAGACAAGGAUGCCGACGCCGACGCCAUCAAGACCCAGCUGGACGAUGUCGCGAAGGAGAGAUCGGCUAUCCGUGAAAAACGCCAUGAUCGCUUCGUCGAGAAAUUCAUUAAUAACCCCUCUUGGGCUCGCGGUCUCAGCAAGGAUAAUGUCGAUCAGUCCAAUCAGCGCUUCCGCUCUUGGAUUAAUGGAACUCUUUCUGAUAGUCCGGGUCCUUCUGGCCCUGAGGCCCCCGCCCAGGAUGAUGUCCCUCAGAAGGAGAAGGCUGAUGGUAAUGGUGAUGCUGUUGAUGCCACUGCCAAUGCCAACGCCAGUGCCAACACCAACGGCAACGCCGAUGCUGGCUCUGGUGCUGGUACUGGUUCCGCCGAAGUCGACGCCGCUGCUGCUCCUACUUCUACCUCUGAUGCCCCCCAAAUCCAGAACCAAGCAGAAGGCGACACGGAAAUGACAGACGCCGAGCCCGCCGAACCCUCAGCCGAAACCGAGGCGUAA